AUGCCCGGAGCACACAUAUAGAAGCAAUCACAGAACAAAAAGAAAAAACAAGAAUGGCCUGCUCAUUCUUCGCCAUCUUUUCAGUUUUUCUUCUGGUCCUUUUCUCAAUAGACUCGCACACAUCUUCAACUUCAAUUCCCAUUCAACUAUCGUUUUUGCAGUGCAUGUCGUCCCUUAACACCACGCUCUCCAUUCCACUCUCCUUGUUCUACACUCCUGACAACUCAUCUUCCUUCAAUUCUGUCCUUCAAUCUUCAGCUCAGAACCUCAGGUACUUGGUCCCCACAGUGCCCAAGCCUGAGUUCAUCUUCACGCCGCUCACCGAGCCCCACGUGCAAGUCGCUGUUGCUUGCUCGAACAGACUCGGCAUCCACCUCAGGGUCCGGAGCGGAGGCCACGACUAUGAGGGUGCAUCCUAUGUGUCGGAGGUCGAGAGCCCAUUCAUCGUGAUCGACAUGGCAUUGCUCAGAGCCGUCGAUGUGAACACACAGGAGAACACGGCAUGGGUGCAAACGGGAGCCACCACGGGAGAAUUAUACUACUGGAUUGCCGAGAAGACCAGUGUCCAUGGCUUCCCGGCCGGCGUAUGCUCAAGCCUGGGCAUCGGCGGGCACAUCACUGGGGGUGCAUACGGGUCAAUGAUGAGAAAAUACGGCCUAGCAGCGGACAACGUGCUCGAUGCCCGGAUGGUGGAUGCACAGGGGAGAAUACUUGACCACGCCGCGAUGGGGGAGGACCUCUUCUGGGCCAUCCGCGGGGGCGGUGGUGGGAGCUUCGGGGUCAUCCUUGCUUGGAAGCUCAAGCUUGUCCCAGUCCCAGAAAAGGUUACAGUUUUUACCGUUACAAAAACAUUGGAACAAGAUGCAACAAGAAUCCUAUACAAAUGGCAGCAAGUGGCUGACAAGCUUGAUGAGGACCUCUUCAUCAGGGUGAUAAUUCAAGCAGCCAGUGGCGGUCCAAGGGGGAAGAGGACGGUCACAACCUCAUACAAUGCCCUGUUCCUAGGAGAUGUGGACAGGCUCAUCCAGGUCAUGGACAAGAGCUUCCCUGAGCUGGGCCUCACUAGGAAUGACUGUAUCCAAACAAGCUGGAUCGGCUCGGUUCUCUACAUCUCCGGCUUCCCUAAUGGGACAUCGACCCCGCCCGAGGUCCUCCUACAAGGCAAGUCCCUGUUCAAGAACUACUUCAAGGCCAAGUCAGACUUCGUGAGAGAGCCCAUCCCCGAGGCUGCACUCUUGGGUCUCUGGAAGAGGUACUUGCUUGAUGAGAACCCAUUCAUGAUUUGGAACCCCUAUGGAGGGAUGAUGAGCAGAGUGCCCGAGUCACAGACCCCCUUCCCUCACAGGACGGGCACAAUCUUCAAGAUUCAGUAUCUGGCCUCUUGGCAAGAUGGAGACAAAGACCCAUCAAAGCAUAUGGAUUGGGUCAGGAGGCUCUACUAUUACAUGACCCCUUAUGUGUCCAAGUUCCCCAGAGAGGCUUAUGUGAAUUACAGGGACCUUGACCUUGGGAUGAACAGGAGGAGGAACACCACCUUCAUGGAGGCCAGCUCAUGGGGCUAUAAGUACUACAAAGGAAACUUCUACAGGUUGGCCAAGAUAAAAAGCAGAGUUGAUCCUGACAACUUCUUCUGGCAUGAGCAGAGCAUCCCAGUGAUUCCUGGGAGGAGGAAGAAUCUUUAGUAAGAACAUUGAAGUUGAGGACUUGAUUGAAUACCACUUGAUUAUGGCAGUGGGAUCGUCAUGCUCAGCCAUUAGC